GUGAGCACACGGUUAACUUGAAGCCGUGAUACACACCGUGUUGUUGACAGUGUUUGUGCCAGGCCUGUGGAGCUCCCUGUGGCCCAGCAACGUGAUCGUGUUGUUUUAUUGCCUCGCGUUUAUUCUUUUCGUUUCAAGGGUCAGUGUAUGAAACCUCCAAUCUGGAUCGAGGCGGUAACAACAGGAAGAAGAAGAUAGAGGAAUUCUCUAGGUCUUCUCGGGAGAAACUAGUCCAGUCGAAGAACAAAAUGUUCUCCAAAUUCACGUCCAUUCUCCAGCACGCAGUGGAAGCGCUUGCUCCAUCGCUGCCCUUGCAGGAGGACUUUGUCUAUCACUGGAAGGCCAUUACGCAUUAUUACAUUGAGACUUCGGAUGACAAAGCUCCAGUUACAGACACCAAUAUCCCAUCGCACCUGGAACAGAUGCUGGACAUCCUGACCCAGGAGGAAGGGGAAAGGGAGUCUGGAGAGACAGGACCUUGCAUGGAGUAUCUUCUACACCAUAAGAUCCUGGAGACACUCUACACCUUGGGCAAGGCAGAUUGUCCUCCGGGGAUGAAGCAGCAGGUACUUACCUUCUACACAAAGCUGCUAGCACACAUUCGUCAGCCUCUCCUGCCACACAUCAAUGUCCACAGACCUGUACAGAAACUGAUCCGUCUGUGUGGGGAGGUGCUGGCUGCUCCUACAGAAAACGAAGAGAUUCAGUUCCUUUGUAUAGUCUGUUCCAAACUGAAGCAGGACCCAUACCUUGUCAACUUCUUCCUUGAGAACAAGUCAAAGAGGCCUGAGACAACGAGUCCUGGAGGGCCAGAGGUGGUGAAGGAGAAUGUAUUGGCUCCAGACACUGGUCAGUCUCCGGCCAAGGGACAGGGUGACCACCCAGAGGAGCCCCUGGCUGCAGCUGCUGCUUCCACCUCUAGUCCAACCACUAACAACAAUAACAGCAACAAUUACAAUCUCGUCACCUCCCUGCUCAACCUCACAAAGAGCCCUGACGGCAGGAUAGUGGUGAAGGCAUGUGAGGGUCUGAUGCUGCUGGUCAGUUUACCGGAGCCUGCAGCUGCCAAGUGUUUAACAGAAAACACUGAGCUCUGUGAGCUUCUGACUGACAGGCUGGUCUCCUUCUAUAAAGCCCUGCCACAGUCCAUGGACCCCUUGGACAUUGAGACAGUGGAGUCAGUCAACUGGGGUCUGGAUGUAUAUAACCUGAAGGAAGAUGCUGCUGUCUUUACAGGGAAGAGGGCUCUUAUCUCCUUCCUGUCCUGGCUAGAUUUCUGUGAUCAGCUCAUCAAGGAGGCUCAGAAGUCAGCAGCUGCAGUGAUGGCAAAAGCAGUGAGAGAACAGUUCUUUGUGUCUGUGAUGGAGCCACAGCUGAUGCAGACGUCCGAGGUGGGCAUCCUGACCUCCACGGCCCUGCUGAACAGGAUCAUCAGGCAGGUUACAUCAGAGGCUCUGCUGCAGGAAAUGGUUUACUUCCUGUUGGGAGAGGAGAGAGAGCCAGAGACUCCAGCUACUGUCGCUCAGAAUCCACUCAGACACAGACUCAUCGAGCACUGCGACCACCUGUCAGACGAGAUCAGCAUCAUGACACUGCGGCUAUUUGAGCAGCUCAUCCAGAAGCCCAGCCAACACAUCCUCCACAGCUUGGUGCUGCGUGGCCUGGAAGAGAGGAACUACCUGGAGAACAAACCGCAGGAGGAGCGGGAGCCCCUGGAGAACGGGCAGCCCCAUGAUGCUGUCGACCUUGAGGAGGAUCCACUGUUUGGUGACGACGUCUCUCCAGACAGCAGGCUGUCUGGUUCUGAUUGGCUCAGCUCCUCUCCACAACAAAGUCCUGACCACUUAAAGUCUGACGGGAAGACGGAGGUCCACAAGAUUGUCAACAGUUUCCUGUGUUUGGUGCCCGAUGAGGCAAAGUCAUCGUAUCACGUCGAAGGCACAGGCUAUGACACCUACCUCAGAGAUGCACACAGACAGUUCAGGGACUAUUGUGGGGUCUGCCAGCGGUGGGACUGGAGAGGAAAUCCAAAGCCUUUUGAGAAGUGUAACUUGGACAUCCCAUUCUUCGAGGGCCACUUCCUCAAGGUUCUCUUCGACAGGAUGGGUCGCAUCCUAGAUCAGCCCUACGACGUCAACCUGCAGGUGACUGCCGUGCUGUCCAAACUGUCUUUGUUACCACACCCCCACCUGCACGAGUACCUGCUGGACCCUUACAUCAACCUGGCCCCUGGCUGCAGGUCCCUGUUCUCUGUCAUCGUCAGGGUGGUGGGAGAUCUCAUGUUGAGGAUUCAGCGCAUCCCAGACUUCACACCCAAACUGCUGCUCGUGAGGAAGAGACUAUUGGGUCUAGAACCAGAGGGCGUCACCAUUGACCACAUGACUCUUCUGGAGGGCGUGAUCGUGCUAGAGGAGUUUUGCAAAGAGCUGGCAGCCAUCGCCUUCGUCAAAUACCACGCGGCGUCCUCCUCCUCGCCGUAAUCUUCCUGCUGUUCAUCCAUCUGCCUCGGCGGGGCAGACAGGUCAAGAUUAGACUGGGCCUUUGGGGUGUGCUGGUACCGGUGGCACAGGGUCUGCGGAACAUUACCACUAACUGCUCAUCCCUGCGAGACUGUUAAACACCCGCGCAGACGGGUUUCAUCACUCCCCCUCUUCUAGCCUCUCGGGCUCCACCAUAAAAAAGUCUUUGGUCUUGUUUUUGAGCAGGUCAGAGCACAGACACUGCCCAGCCAGCAGGGGAAGAAGAGGAGGGAGGAUGGAGGUUAUGGUGCUGAGAGAUGGUCACUGGGCUCUUUUCAGCCUCUGCGUUUUCUCUCACUCCCCCCUACCAUCUUUCUUUCUCACCAGCCAAAAGAUGAUAGCCCUGUAAUUAUUAUAUCAAGGAGAAAAGAUGUUUGUGUAUUUAUUUCCUGUCCCGUCAUCACCCAUUUGUAAACGUCAUUGCCUUAGUGUGGAACCACACCUUUCAGUUACAGAAGAUUGUUUCCUUUUGAAACAUUUUUAUCUCAACUCGUCACGUGUUGUCUGUUUGAAGACAAGAGCCUGUAGAGAGAAAUGCCCACUACCUUCAACCCCUAUAUGUUCCUGUAGUUACAUUCAUACUGAACUGCAGUAUUUACGAUACUACACUCAUAUUUUAUAUGCCAAGUCCUCUUAUUUAUUUGCUUUCAGGUUGCCUUUUUAACUAAUGUCAUAUUAAGAUAAAAUUAAUUUUAAACAGUCCAAGACUGUCUAAGCAGAUGCUAUUUACUUAAUUUGUUUUCCUCGUUUGUCUUUAAGUGCUUGUGCUCUCAAAGCGCAUCAGUAAUCACCCAAAGAUGUCACCACCCGUCACGUUUUGUCAAAUGAAAUGGUGAAUUUUGCAAAUGAUGUGAAUUUGCACACAGAACUCAUUGCAUUGCACUCGUUACAUUAUUCAAGCUCAGUCAUGCUUUGUUUUCUGGUUGGCUUUUAGGAAAUGUCAAGUUGGCAUUUGUGGGAAGAGACAUGUUGUUUUUGAUUCCACAUUAGUUCGGAAAUGUUGUUCUCCAGAUCCAGUGUUGCAUUUCUCACCCACCAGUGUUUAUUUUAUCCAAAGGAUAUUAUGUUAUUGUUAUUACACCAUUUAUAAUAGUCAAUAAUUAGUUUAUUCUGUUGGUGGGAGGGAUGCAGAGGAACAUACCUCUCGAUUUAAUUUAUCAGUGUCUUAAAAUCAUCAUUCAGUCAGGACAUACUGUAGCCGCCUCCCGACCUUUAUUGGCUUUUGAUUCCUAAAACAAAGCUGGUAAGUUGUUAACAGUUCAAGCAUUAUGUGAUUCUAACUUCUCAAGCAGGUGUUUUUAUUUGAGAUGAUCAAGUCUGAAAAAAAGCCUGUUGUGUAGUAAACCCAUUCAAUUUAUCUCAAGACCCUUUCCAGGGGUCCAGACCCCCCAGUUAGAAACCACUGGCUGUACAGUAUCCUAAGACCUCUACGUUUCCACAGGGUAGCAUGACUUCCUAUGAGGUGUUACGUUUACUAAGCAGUAUUACCUUUUUCAUCCUGGUCUUUAAAUGACGAGGAGGCGUACUCGCGGUGCUGUGCAUUGUUGGAACGGGUCGUUCGGUUGUAGAUCUCGGCAGGGUGAAGUCUCACCUCACAGAUCAGAGAUUCCUUUCCUCAGAUUUGAAUCAGUCUAAAAUCAAGAUGCUACUUAUUGUAAGUUUGAGUCUUGUAAUAUGUUCCCAGUGUGAAUGUUUCCAUGAUUGGUGAGCGUGUUUGCCGAUGACUUUAUGUGUGAGUGUAAUGAUUUAUUAUUGCGGUGGAGAAUGGACAGAUUAAUUCAUUGAAGCCAUGUUUUCUUUCCCUCUUUCUUCUGCACCCACCUCAAACCCAUCACUCAAGCACCUGAACUACAUUAUGCAACAGCUUGCAUGGAAUCAGAUUUGCACAUUGUCUUUCUUCAUCCCUGUUCAUAAUGUAAAUAACACAACAAGAAGCUUUUUUCUUUUUUCCAAAAAUGUUUUGUUUCAUAAACCAACAAAACAAAAUGUAGGAUGUACCAGGAGUAACAUUUCUAUUUUAAUGGGAAACCUUUUUUAAAUUAUCGAUCAUGCACAUUUUUUAAUCAACUAUCUUUCCAACUUGUUCUGUACAUUUGUAUAUUGUAUGUGUACAAUAGCAAUAGAGAUAUACUACCUGGCGUAAAUGCAUGCUUCUACAUUAUUUUUCACUGUUGAAAGAAAGAAAAAAGGCAGUCCAGCCAUCUGUGAUGAUUUCUUAGCUGUCAGCACUUUGUUCUUUGAAGACACUGACAGGGAGAUAUGAUGCCUUACUUCACACUGUGGAUCUCUGAGGACUCUUGGAAUUGAUGUGUAAGGGGUUUCUGCUUCAGCGCAGUUUGUUGUGAAAUUAUUAUUCCUAUCGUGUUGCAUUUGGUUUGUGAAGAUGUACAGGACUCUCCGUAUAGUCAUAAAUCUGAUGCCAACUGAUUUAUUUCCUUGUCAGCUUAGACCAAUCACUGUAUGAUAUUGCUGCAUUUCUUUUAUGUUCAUCGCUGCUUUCCUCUGGCGUGACAUGGGACGAGUCUCAUUACACGUCUUCUUAUCUCAUGGCCAGUUUGAUUUUGUGAUUGUGCAAUGCAUAAUUGAAACAUUAAGGUAAGGUGCAUGCUCACUCCUCCUGCCUCCCAAUGCCUAACAGAGUAAUAGUAAGCGAUCACUGCAGUCUUAUUCUCUCAGAGGCAUUGGCUCAUUUAUUCCUCAUCAGCUCAUCUUCAUUUCAACACUGUUGUGUUUAUUCAGGACAAUAUGGUUUUGUUCAACAUUCUCCGUCCCAAUUAAAAAAAAACGUUCUUCAGCAGGAAA